AUGCCGUCAAUCCAGUUCAUGCCUGAAAUGGACCCUCCAUCGAACACAGCUUAUCCCUCUGCUGAACGGGAGGGGGGAAAGAAUGUAGAAGCAAUUACAUACAAUGACACCCUUCGCCAGCUAAACACGCUCAACACCAACUUUGCGUACCGCCAACUCGCCAUCAAGACAGCGGACCGUAGUGUCUUCAUCCAGGACAUGCUGAAAUGGUGUCGUGCAGUGGGAUAUGAGAGUCCCGAUUUCGAUCCCCUGAAUGCGGUGCACAUUGCCGGAAGUAAAGGCAAAGGUUCCACCUCGGCGUUUAUCUUCUCGAUUCUGUCCGAAUACCAAGGCCACGAGAACCCAAUCAAGAAGCUGGGGCUCUACACAUCACCUCAUCUGCGCACCGUCCGAGAGCGCAUUCGGAUCAGCCCGUCCAACGACACCCCUUUCCACCACACCUCCCUGACCGAGGACCAAUUCGUCCAGUACUUCUGUGAUGUCUGGGGCCGACUCGGUCUGACAGAGGAGACCUCCAAGAGCGGUCCUCCCUUUGCCCGCUUCCUCACGCUCAUGGCCCUUCACGGGUUCCUGCAGGAGAAAGUCGACACCGCCGUGGUCGAAGUGUGUCUCGGUGGGCGACAUGACUCAACCAACAUCCUCCACAAACCUAGCGUCAGCGCCAUCACGAGUCUCGCCCUCGAGCACACCGACCUGCUAGGCAACACUAUCGAGGAGAUCGCCUGGGCUAAAGGCGGCAUCAUCAAGCCCGGUGUCCCGAUCCUGACUAUUCCCCAAGCUCCCGGCGCUACCGCUACCCUGCAAAAGAUCGCAGCCGAAGUGGGAGCGCCACUGACCAUUGUCCCCGUGCACCCAGAAGUGGAGACCAUGGAACUGGGACUAGCAGGAGACUUCCAGAAGAUAAACGCUAGUUUGGCCAUAGCCGUCGCGGCGACCCAUCUACGCAACAUGGGCUACUCGGACAUUCCCGAGGACAUCACCUCCGCUCCCCUACCGGAGAAAUUCCGUCGCGCCCUGGAGACCGCCAGCUGGCCGGGCCGCUGCGAGACGCGGGACUGCCGGUCCGGUCGGUUCCAUCUGGAUGGCGCGCACACCGUGGAGAGCAUGGACCUGGUCGGAUCCUGGUUCGCGAAGAAGGCCGCACCGCAGCAGGACUCCGCCAAGCGGGUCCUUAUCUUCAACCAGUCUACCCGCGAUGCCUUCACCCUCGUGCGCCACCUCCGGGACAGUAUUCGUCAGACUGCGGGUGCUGGGACUAGUCUGGCCGAGAAGCCAUUCCACCAUGUCAUCUUCUGCUCCAACAUUGCCUGGGAGAAGGAUGAGACGGCGGAUAUGGAGCGCGCGUCCAUGACUUUCCAUGGUAAUGCAGGCGAGGAGAACCUCAACCUCCAGGCCCAGCUGAGCACUUACUGGCGCGGUAUCCCCGGUGAAGAGUUGACGGGUAUUACUGUCGUGCGCACCGUCGAGGAAGCUAUUCGCUGCGCUGGGGGUGUUGGCAGCGUCGGUGGCCAGGGCCGUGUGCCGCCGCUUGUGCUUAUCACGGGUAGUCUGCACUUGAUUGGAAGUGCGUCGGAGGUGUUGGAGACCCUCGAAGAAGAGGGCCUUUACUUAUGA